AUGGUUUUGAGAAACCGGGCCCUGAUUAACGCUAAGCAGAGACCCACAGGGAAGAAAUCUCACUUCUGCUCUGACUGUGGGAAAGGUUGCAAAUCUUCAUCAGAACUUAAAAUACACCAGCGAGUACACACAGGAGAGAAAUCUCACUGCUGCUCUGACUAUGGUAAAAGAUUAAACUCUUCAGUAAAACUUAAAAUACAUCAAAGAUUACACAAAAGAGACAAACCAUAUGGCUGUGCUCAAUGUGGGAAGAGUUUUUCUUCAUCUAGCUAUCUCAUUGUACACAAGAGAACACACACAGGAGAGAAACCUUAUAACUGUGAUCAAUGUGGGAAGAGUUUUACUUCAUCUGGCCAGCUGACGUUACACCAGAGAACACACACAGGAGAGAAAUUGUAUAGCUGUGAUCAAUGUGGGAAGAGUUUUACUCGAUCUGACCAUCUGACUUUACACCAGAGAAUACACACAGGAGAGAAGUCUUAUAGCUGUGAACAAUGUGGGAAGAGUUUUACUCGAUCUGACCAUCUGACUUUACACCAGAGAAUACACACAGGAGAGAAAUCUUAUAGCUGUGAUCAAUGUGGGAAGAGUUUUACUAGAUCUGACCAUCUGACUUUACACCAGAGAAUACACACAGGAGAGAAACCGUUUAGCUGUGAUCAAUGUGGGAAGAGUUUUACGACAUCUAGCUAUCUGACUAUACACCAGCGGACACACACAGGAGAGAAACCUUAUAGCUGUAAUCGAUGUGGGAAGAGAUACUCUGGUAAAAGAUCUCUGAUUAAACAUCAGAAAAUACAUGAAGGAGUUGUUUCAUGAUAUCAAUGAAAUAAUGUCACAAUGUAGAAUGUUUUAACAUAAUGUCACAAUGUAGAACCCUAAAUGUUUCUCCCCUGUUCUAUUAAUUUCCACAUUAAAUGGAUAUUAGCCUCAGGGGAAAAAUCUAGGCUCUGAAUUGAAAGAGUACUAUGAUGUCACAAUGUAGAAUCCUUUAUUUAUGAGAUUUAACAAAAAGUGACAACAAAAAGAGUUGUUACACUGACCACGUUGGCCACCCACUUGAAUCAAAAUGUAGCCAGCUGUUUUCUACAAGUUGUCCUCUAACCAGGGAUGUACACAUUAUUCCCAGAUUCCGUGUGGUUUUUGCUGCGUUAGUUUUAACAGGACGUGCAACCUCAUCUCCCUCCUUUCGCACAAUUGAUUUCAACAUGAUAUUGAUGAGUGAUGACAAAUAAGUAUUGCGUUCCUUUGUUUAGUGACCCCUACAUUUAAAUGCAUCACUCCAAAAUGUAGCUGACUGUCUUCUGCAGGUUGUCCUCUAACCAGUGAGGUGAAAUAUAUCUCCCAUUUCCAUUUGUUUUUUUAGUUGUGUUCGUUUCAACGGCACGUACAACCUGAUUUCCCCCCUAAUCGAUAUCAUUGAUUUAUUGCUACUUGUCAAAACAACAGCGUUUCUGGUGCUUGUGCAGUUUAUUUCAGGUACUUGUUUAAGAAAAAUUCAAGUAAUAUGAUUAUUGUGGAAGAUGUUUGUGUAUAUAGCACAUUUUAUGUUUAGGCUUUCAAUAUAUCACAAACUGUUUCUGCAUAUUGGUUAUUGAUAAUGGAAUGUAUAUGUUUAAGGUAAUGACUAAAGGAUUCCACCCUGAAACGUAUAACUGUGUAAAGAAUUAGAAUUAAUAGACUGUAAUUCUCUAAUGUGUGUGCGUAGGACAAGUUAAGACUUUACUAUUUAGCAAUUCAAGUGAGACAUUCAAGGAAAAGAGGAACUGUUAACAGACAGCUUGUGACAGACAACUUGUGACCACUGUAAAACUGAUAACAGGAAGGAGGUCUCCCCACCCAGGGAGGGGAGAAACCGUUAGGCUUGCAGUAGAUUAUGUAACAUGUUUCAGGAUAUGAUAAGCAAUGUAUGUGUUGGAGAAGACUUGUAACCAGCAUUGACAGUGUUUGAGAAGAGUAGGGGUAUUUAUAUGACCAAAUGUGAGGUAUAAAAGGCUAUGUGCUUGUAUGAUUUUCGGAGCUCUCUGAAUAAAGAACUUACCCUUUGCAGAAA